CGGAGCUUUCCGGGAAGAUGUCGGCGGCGUGGAGAGUGGCCGUGGCGGCGGCCGCCCGARCCCCGCUGCGGGRGCGGCUCGUCGGGAUGCGGCCCCCGCGCAGCCAGCGCCGCCUGUCCGCAUGGGGGGCCGCCGCCGCUCUGGUCGGGGGAGGCUGUCUGGCGGCAUGUUMCAGCGGGCAGCUGCGCGUGUUCCCCACGGUCCUGGCUCAGAAGGAACAUGUCAUUCAUGCAGAAGUGGAUGAAAGACUAUCCCUUCGAAAGCACCGCUUCAUGCAUUUUGCAUCAUUGGAAUAUGAAGGAGAAUAUUACAUGACACCAAGAGAUUUCUUGUUCUCAGUAAUGUUUGAUCAAGUUGAACGCAAAGCCUCAGCCAAGAAACUGACAAAAAAGGAGGUAGAUGCUGCAUUGUUGUACGUUGCCAAAGCUAAACCAGGACCGACUUUUUUUAGAGACCUUGGUGAUAAAGGAUUGAUAUCUUAUGCAGAGUACCUGUUUUUGUUGACAAUCCUUACRAAACCCCAGACUGGACUUCAGAUUGCCUUUAAAAUGUUGGAUGCAGAUGGCAAUGAACAAGUUGAAAAGAAAGAAUUCUUUAAGCUACAGAGGAUCAUUGGGAAGGAAGAUGACUUGAAAGCAGCUGGAGAUGAAACAGUACUUCGGGAAACAGAACUGGACAGCUGUGGGGUUAAUACCGUGUUGCUGAUACAUUUGUUUGGAAAAGAAGGAAAGGAAAAACUUCGCUUUUCCAAGUUUUUCAGAUUCAUGGAAAAUCUGCAAACAGAAGUCCAGGAGAUGGAAUUCAUAAAGUUUUCAAAGGGUUUGAGCGUCAUGAGAAAAGAAGACUUUGCGGCAUGGUUGCUGUACUUCACUGAUGAGGAAAACAAUGAAAUUUACUGGCAGAAUGUGAAAGACAGAAUCGAAGCAGGAGAGAACAUCAGUUUGGAAGAAUUCAAGACUUUUUGCAAGUUUACAAAUAACCUGGAAGAUUUUUCUAUUGCCAUGCAGAUGUUUACUGUAGCCAAUCGUCCUGUUAAGCGGGCCGAGUUCAAGAGAGCAGUGAAGGUGGCAACGGGACAGGAUCUGUCAGACAAUGUUUUGGAUACCAUCUUCAAGAUUUUUGAUCUAGAUGGAGAUGACUGCCUCAGCCACAGCGAAUUUCUUGGUGUCCUGAGGAACCGAAUGCACCGAGGUUUGAGGGUACUGCAGCAGCAAGGCAUUCAAGGUUUCUGGAAGUGUGUGAAAAAAGAAAGCAUUAAAGGAGCCAAAGAAGUGUGGAAGCAGACGGGGAAAAGUCCUUUUUAAAGCAGUCCAUUGUUCUUUUGCUUAAGUGGUUUUUCUUURGGGGAGUUUGUCUGUCCUGUUUACAUGAUAACAGAAUCAAAAAUACUCUUUUUUUUUUGCUUUAGUUAAAGUUUAAUUAACCCAGGCUCUAAUGCAAUAGUUUUAUAAUUGUUCCAGUGCAAYCAGUUUGGUUUGCAGAACCAAAUCACUUUUGACCUCCACACAGAAGUGCUCUUGUUCUAGGGAAUAGUACUGUUUACUGCUCUGUGGAGUCUGACCCUGCACUAUAGGAGACAGGACACACAGAAUUUAGUAAUGGCCCCAGGCAGGAAUGUCACAGCAAUAUAAUCUCGUGUUGAAGGAAUAGACAUCAUCUCAGUUAGCCACUAACACAGUAGCUCUUCUUCUCCAGCAAGGGCAAAAUGCACAAGGCAAAAUCACUUGCCCAACACAUUUCAAAUGAAGUUAUCCUAAAUCAAAAAGGAAAAUUCACACCUCAUUAUGGGGAUCUGCUCAUGGUGCUGGUUCCUGGUGCUUCCUGGUGCUUGAUUCCACCAGUUCUGCAUGGAUGUCUGGUUUGUCUAUUUUCGUGUUGUUAAUAUUAAACUGGAAAUACAUGAUGAUAGGCUUGAUACAGGCUUUAAAAGUUGCACAUYGAUCAGUGAGUGUGCAUUGAGUGUCUCAGAUCUCUUCCACAUAGUAUAAAUGAGAAGAAAAGGAUCCUCAUUCUAUCCAACACAGUGGUAGCUACAAUUUGACUCAUGACUAUUUUGGUUUAAUUGUAUUGCAGAAGAUGAAUGUGUAGCAAAUKUGUUUUAUCUUGCUAAAGGUUGUGACAGGGAAAGCUGAAGUAUCUCAGGAAUUCAAGGUUAUAGUAAGAAAGCGCUGAGGUAAUAGUACGUCCAAUAAAAAAACAAAUAGAAGUGUUUAUUAUUCCAARUGCAAAGUUAGACCUAAGAUCUUAAACACUGAAAUGAGGAACAACUCAAGAUUAACAUUUAGCAAUUACAGAUGAACAUUUUUUAGUAAUAACAUACAGUGCAUCUUUGUGUGCAUAUUACAUGUUUUGUCUUUCUAACAAUACCAGGAGCCAAUAGUCACAGGUCCAGAUCACUCUUCCUAGUUGGCCACAAUAUACAGGAGAUAGACUUACCUGUAAAGCUGUCAAGGCUUUUCCUCUUUCCCAYUCUCAGUUGUCUGACUUGUCUUGGCUGGGGUGAAAGCUUAAYCCUUCAAGACAGGUUUGUGGUGACAGAGGUAACAGAUUCAAAAGGUGGGCUUGGGAAAUGUCUCAAGAAACAUAAGCAACAAAUCUCACCACUCAGUGAGGAAAUAACCAUCCCGUUUUUGCAUGACACCAGCUGUGUUCUAAUCAAAGUUGUAGAUAAGCUCAACAUGUGGAGCUUGGUUAUCAUUUCUUUGGGUUUUGUGAGAAGARGGGAAAUUUCCAUGAUAGCCAAGACAUCAGAGCAGCUGUCACUCAGAGCAGGGACAGGAGAGCAUGCAUCAGGAAACCAUAAAGAUUCCAUCUAAGGAAUACUGAGAUUACUGAGAAUGUUUGAUAUGUCCAUAGCUGUCAGACAGAUUUGUGCUGAGGACAAGUCCUACUGCCCAAGCCUUGGCUCGGUGAUCUCUCCUAGGGCACACAGUGAGAGACCAGCAAAACAACUCUUCCUCCAUGGCCUCAGCUUGGAGCUUUAAUCUAAAGGCUUAACAAGAAAGUGCUUAUAUUCCUGUCGUCUGUGGACAUGCACCAAGAACAAGACCAUGCUUUCAGGUAUGUCCUGAGACUGUCUGGAAAAUCAGGCACCAGUGACCAUAAAGAAUCCCUUUUCCCCCAGGAAACAAUCCAGAUGAAUGAAACGGUGUGGAAACAAUCCAAAUGCCUCAGCCUCCUCCCCUUAAACUGAACUCCUGCAGUGCUGUGUGGGCAGCAGGAUACCAGCUGGCUGGUUUACUUUGUGUGUCUGGAAAUUGUUUGUUGCUUCUGGUGGUGGGAGUAAAGGUGGGGCAGUGGGACUGGCACCASAGUACGACAGCCAGCUGCACAUCACCAUCACCAAAUUAUCAAAAAAAUUACACUAUGGAAAAAUUUAUGUCACAAAAAUGUGUGCGUUCGCCCAAAGUGUGCUUUGUGCCAUCUCUGGCUUUAAAGGAAGACUACCUUUUAUUUGUUGUUGUUAAUACUUUGGCAAAUAAUUUUUACUUUGGAAUGGAGAUUAUUCCCUAACAUUUUAUUCUGUGCAAAGUUAAUAGGUUUAUGAUGUUUUUUAUUGCUUUUGUGGUUUCUUUUGUUUACUAAUUGCUUCCUUCUUACAAGCUGUUUGGUUUUCUUUUUGAGAARUCAAAUCAUUUAGCUUUAAUGAAUUUAGAAGUUUUAAUUCCUCAGUGCUCAUUUUGUAUCUGGGUUUGUGCAAUCAGCAGUAUCUGCUUUCAGGGAUUUCAAGUUUUAUUUUUAGUGAAAGCUUUAGUGUCAAGUUCAGAGGAAAAGCAGAGAUAUGCUUGGUUUUUGUAAGAAUUUUUUGUCUAUAGUAAAAAGAAAAAAAAAAAGAUUGAUUAGGAAUUAUAAUAGAGUUAUGAAUAUUUUUCGGAAGUUAUCCUGAAAAUGCAGCAAGGAAGAAACCCUGUUUUAAAGGCCAGGGAUGACUUGUCCAUCAGGCUUGAAGAAACAGACUUUGUGCUUAAUUUGUAGUUUAUUGUUAUUUGUCAACUAAAAUGCUUUAUAAAACAGUCCUAAAAUAGUGUCUCAUUUUUAGUAUCUUAGAUUGAAAGAACUGUUUAUGUGUUUAGAUAAACAUUGGUUUAUAAAGAAUUCAUCAUAGUUUUAGUGUUCAAUGUUUUAGUUCCUUUUAGUCACUGUAUGAUAUUUGCAGUCUGUCAGCUUUAUUCAACACAAGGUUUAUGCCAGCUGCCAAUCUAAACAUAUCAAUUACAWCUUGUUUUAAGAUUAGGAACUCUUCCUUUGAACAGAAAUAUAUAGAAAAACUAAAUAAAAUUGAUUUUUUUUAAAUCUACCAUAUUAUAUCUGAAUGUUACAUGGAAUAAAGAUGAACACAUUGCACAUUGCAGAAGCCUCAAAAAUUGAUAUUUUGAAGCCUCAAAAGCAAGUCACGACGUACAACUUCUUYACAAAAUUUUAGUUGUUGUAUCCCCAUAAUAACACUUUCUACACUUCUUUGUCUAAGAUAAUGUUUAAGAACAAUUUAUUCUUCGUUUCCAAAGGAAGUAAAGGCAAAAAUGCAGUGUGAUACACCAGAAGUAACAGAAACUCAUUGGUUGUUUAUAGAAAUAAAUUCUGGKGUCUCAAUUUGUACAAGCCUCUUUCUAAAAGCAAAAGUCUCUCUGGAUUCAAACCCAGUUGGCAGCUUUUAACAAAAUCGGUAACAAUGAGGGGUGUAUAUUCUGCAUAGCAGACAAACAAGCCAGGCUAUGGAUUGUAGUUUYAUGUCACCACACAUGUCCAGUGCAUAGAACAAAAAAAAAGUCACUGCCCAACAAAGGGCGAGAAUGGGAACAACCCUAUUGCUUAGAGGAAAUAAUAUAAAAUUCAGGUAUUUUGACCAUACUUUGACUAGAGCGUAGAAUUGGAUCAAUAAAUGUACAUCGAAAUACAGUGUGCUUCUCAUUCUGGAGUUCUCACAGGAAAAGGCAAGCAUGUCUUAUGCCUUCAGUCACAGCUGGUUCAAGAAAUUGUUCUAACGCAAGAAAAAUCUUCAGUCACUCUUAACAGAAAGUAUGUGCCCAAAUGAUACUGUGGUCAUUAUUASUGAGAUUCAAGUUCACCCGACAACAGCUCCUCUAAUGCAUUUGAUCACAAGGGAAGCAUGAAGGCAGACACAGAUGCACACUUCUGGUGCCCAACUGGCCACAGAAUCUCCUCUUACAGAAUCUGAAGAUGUCACCCAACAAGAAGUCAGAAGCCCUUUGCAGGACAGAAAGCUUGUGAGAUUUGAGCAUUUGUAAUACAAAUCAGCAAACUAGUGUGUGUCUUUUCACUCUCCUGCUAUUUGAAUGUUCCCUGUUGUUGAUUAAACAAUUCCUAGUUGGUUCAGUARUAAACUGUGCAACAUAUGUGGAGACAUAUUUCCCAUUAGGCUGGUAUUGGCUUAGUUAGUAAUGUUUUCAGUUCAUUAACUGGAGUGCCCUAGCACAGAGCUCUGCUUGCUAUCUUCGGCAGCCCGGCUGCUGCUCCUGCUGGAGCCUGCUCAGCAGUGCACCCACCUGCAUGGGCUUGGACACAACACCUCAUCUCCUGAGGAGCAAAAGGCCAUGGUUUUUCUCAUCCAUGUACCCAAUGUGAGUUUAGAUUGGAUACUAGGAAAAAAUACGUAAAGGUUGUCAAGCACUGGAACAGGCUGCCCAAGGAAGCAGUUGUGUCACCACCCCUGGAGGUGCUGAAAAGAUGUGUCARUGUGGCACCUGGGGACAUGGUUUAGUGGUGGUAGACAUGGCAGUGCUGCAUUAAUGAUGGAACUUGACGAUCCUAGAGGUCUUUGCCAACCUAAAUGAUUCCAUGAUUCUCUUCUCCCUCUGAAGGAGGGCAAGGCAGAGGGUGGCCUGCCUUUCCAGGCUGACCGAGUGGUGGAAGUAACACAGAAGGCAACAGGCUGUGGGAGGAUGGACACAACACCUUGCAGAGCACUGUUUAUCACUGGGUUUAUUUUGGUCAUGUUUCACGCAUGCCAGAUUUGAAAAGCUGGGAGGAGGGCUAUUCCAUAGGUAAUUCAGUGGAAUGUGUGGGAGUUUUUCUCAUUGGAUUUCAGUCACGAGCUCCCUGCUCUGAAACAGCUUUGGAAGGCCUGGCCUUUCUCCAUGGGCUGCAAAGGGAGAUGAGCCUCUYGGCUAAACCUGUAYUUUGUGAAUGCCACCUGUCUUCAUYGUCCUUCAGAGCCUCUGGAUAMAAGUACUUMCAUUUCACCAUCUUUUGUUAAAYAGAUCUGCUAUWUCAUGCGAAGGGUGAAAACUCUUAGAGAGGGAGCUGGUUUAAAACUUACAGGUUUGGUCCCAAAGGAAGUAGAUUCUGAAAUCAGAAUCAUCCAACAAGCACUUUCCUGGAGAAAGGAUGUACUACAGAGGUGUUUUACURCAACACUGUGCCUCAGGUCCACUGCUUGAGAAGAAAUUUGUUGGUUUUAACAUUACCCCAAGGAGCAMCUGUAGUUUUAAAUCACCCCCAGGAAAACCAAUUGUUUUCAUUUAAGACUUGCCAAUAAAGUGUUUUAAAAUUCUCUUUUCCAA